AUAUAUAUAUAUAUAUAUAUACAUGUAUCUAUAAAUAUAUAAUUAAUGGAUAGAACUGCGUAUUGACUGUGCUUGGCUGAGUCGAGGUGAUUGCAUGUGCUUAGAGAAGUAAUAUUUUUUACCUGAAUAAGUAAAAUAUAUAAAGACACAACGGGCGUCUAUGCGAAAACUCCGUUUUUUUUUUGUUUUUUUUUUUUGGUGGGAGAGCUGAUUGUGACGAAUAUAUAUUAUUUGUUUUGUUGGCAAUCGAUAAUAGAUGCACCUCGACGAAGCGCAGAGCUAAUGCAUAGAGAUUUAUUGUAAUAGCCUAAAAAGUAGAGAACAUGCAGUCUACUCGUGACGUUACAAGAAGUUAACAGAAGAAAAGAUAAAGGGAGAAUGAGGAAGAGAGGAAAGCGCGUGAUCUCAAAAUUAGGGUUGGACGGUGUUUCUAAUAAUUUUUGUUGUCCUCGUUUGUUCCUAUCGCAAUGGUGGACGAGAAACUUGAUUAGUAGUUAGCGCAAAAAUUAAAUCGUCCCUAUUCGCCUCUUGGGAUUCUAAACGAAAUAAAAUAAGGAGCUGUACCCAAACUAGCCGCUUGCCAUUGAACAACGACUUUGAACGCGGUCUUCACAGAUAUACAUAUAUAUAUAUAUAUGAUGAUACAUUAUAUACAGAGAUAGCGUACUAUCAAUAUAAUUAAAUAACAAUUGAUAAUGGCGAAUGGUUGUUGACGUUUAUUAUUAUUCAUCUUCAACAUCAUUGUCAUUCUGCAAAUCAAUGUUGUGCACACGUUGCAAAGGAUGCGUGCGGUAUGCAAUGACGUCUCUUCUUAUUUGUACAGGAUGUGACGUCGGCGUGGAACUCUUAAUUAACAACCGGAAGUAUUAUUCGCCCUACUUAAAUGUCGCUUCUAGGUAGGUCUUUAUUUUUCUUCCGGAUCACUGCCCCUAUGCGAAUAGGAUAUAAUAUAUGUGGCGAAUGUCUUGCGAGCCCUUCGACCUUUUCGUACUUUGGCUUUGAACUUUCUACAUUUUCCUUUUUUUUUUUCUUGCUUAAUUCGUCUUAAAAAAGAAGGUUGAAUCGCUCCGUAAGACAUUUUUGAGUAUAUGUAAUAAGUUUUACGCGACCACUGCCCUGCAAGUGAUAAGCGAGGGUAGCCCACUGACAGUUUAAGUGAUAAUCGAAGGACUACGAAAAAAAAACACGAUGGAUUGAUCAAUAAAUGAAAUUAAAUCCUGGUAUCUUGUCUGAGUUCGCUUUUUAAAAUUUUGUAUGUUAAAAAAUAUUCAAUUUUUUUAGGCAAGAUGGUGUUAAUUAUUAUUGAUGAACAGCAGCUUCAGCUUAAGUUGCAGUUGAUCAAGUUUUUGUUGAAGCGCAAGUGGAUUUGUAGAACUGGCAGUAAGUUUGCAGAGUUAUAGUGCUGCCAUCUAGCGUUAGUUCUAUGAAAUUGAGAAAAAAAGCUUUCCAAAACUUGAGGGUGAAGUCGCUUGUCACAGGUAACUUGUUAUGCAUGUGUAAAGUUGUGUAUGUAAUGGACUUACAGUAUAAUUGGAAAAGCUGCUUUAAUAUGGGGUGGAUUAUGGAAGCCACGCUAACGGCGGCCCAGUUUAUUCGUGACAGAUCGAUCGUGUGGAAAGUACCUAAAAAUAAGAGUGUAAUAUAUUGUCACGAGGAAACUGAUGAAAAGUUAGGAAAAAAAUAACACUGGUCAGGCCGCAGCUGACCAGUCAUUAUUUAUCAGGAGCUUUAACUGAUUGUCUAUUGAAAGACGUCGUACAACACAAGCUCUGGUAUUUUUGAUGGUACGACUUACUUUUUAUUUCAUCUAUAUGUCGAUUUAAUAAUAGCUUUGCAAAGUUUUGGCUAGUUACGUAUCGGGUGGCUACGAAUGUGACAGUUCACUUCCUUUUUUGUUCCAUUUUGUUCUGCGUUUGAAAAGCAUUGAGUUGGAGCAUCUCAUAUACCCCUCAAGUCUGCUAUUGGGUUCACCAGAAAUGCGUGUGGCUGAUUGUGGCGCGUCGAUGAAUAAUUAACGCAGUUCAUUGGGGUUGACACGUGCCGUCAUUAAUUUAUCAUCUCGAAACGAAUGAUCAUCUCCACUACCAAUGGUCACUGGACUGAAUCUCUGAUUUUGCUGCGCAUAAUUUCCUCUUCAAUUAAUCGCUAUCGUGUCAUACACCAUUUGUCAACGUUCCAUGCUCCGUCGAGCAAUCCGUUGCAAUUCCAUUAGCUGCGUACGACGUCGUUGCGCAUCUUUCAACUUUAAAUAUUUACCGCCAAAUCGUAGUUUCCAGCGGCUACUGACUUAUGAGGUGCGGGAAAUCUUUUGGAUAUAUUUAAUUUUUAUCCAACUACUUAUCGUUAAUUCUGGAUUGAGUCGUUUGGAAUUACGUGGCAUUUCUAUUUGCUUAAUUAUAUUCUGAUGGAUGUACGUGCGAUGUUCCUUGAUUAACGACAAUGACAAAUUUCACAUGUUUGAUAAUCGUCACGCCCACGUACUCUUAUUGUUAAACUCUCCUCGACUCGUAGGAAUUAGUUCAAGGCUUGAAUUGAAGCACUGGUCGAGAGCGGGAGGUGGGACGGAUUCUGUGAAAUAAAAGAAGAAAAAGAGAAUCGAUAAACAAGAUAAAACGACUAUUAAUAAACGAAUAAGUAGCAAAGAUUUCGAUAAAGUUCAUAUAAAUUUUAAAUUUUAUUAAUUAUUUUUCGUUUUGUUAAAAUUAUCUGUGUAAUAUUCCUAACAAUUAUCUUUUUAUAUUUAAGUUUAUCCUCAUUAACCUCAAAAAAGAAGACCUCAUUUUUGGGCCUAUAGAAUGCUGUGUUCCCUAUCAAUAUCCAGAAUCUCUAUAUUCUGAUCCAUAUAAGGACCUAACAUUUUGCAGAAGGAAAGUCAGCAGGAACCGUCGUUGCUUUAUAGACGCGGUCAAAUUUCGCCUUGAGCGCGUUCACCUUAAAGCGCCUUCAUCGGCACGUGCCACAUCUAUUGGAAACUACCUCAGGUACAUUCCCUUCCUCAAUACUCAGCAGAAACUCAUUGAUUGGUUUCCAUUGAACGGCACCGACGCUAUAUACAGUUAUAAAAAAGAAAUAAGAGACACGAGAAACGAGAUCAGCCAGAAUUUGAAUGAUGGUAAACAGUACAGCCAACUUGGCGCUGUACAAUGCCUGUACUUCUGCUACCAUAAAUCCUGGAAUAUUUACCUGAUUAAAAUAGCCUGCAAGAUGCGGCGCCCGGCUGCACAGUCUAGGUAUAAAUAAUGGCCCACGCAUUAAGCGGCAAAGCAGUUUGGCGAGUUCUCACCGAGCGAGCAGACUUCCCGGUGCCAGUGUCUUGUCGCGGAUUUUCUGUUCCUUUCUUUUUUUACCAACCAGAUCAUUUAUCUCUGAGAAUAUUGUCGAUCUGCUUUUUCGAUAGAAACAGACAAGCUUAGUGUUUUGCGCGGGGAAAACAUUGGAUGGCAAAUCAUUUUUUAACCUCCGAACAGUGUCUUAUGUCAAUGAUGCAAGUUAUGGGAUUCCUAUGGAAUAACGGUGCUAAUAUUUGAAUAAAGGAAUUCGUCGGCGAUUCUGCAUCACUGGAAAGACAAAUUGUUACUUGUAUUUAUUUCAAUAACUCAACAUCAAUAUAACUACGAAAUAUGGGAUCCUCUAAUCUCGUAUUCGGUGUCCUGUGCCUCCUUGGCAACAUCGUCGUCACCCUAGCGAAAAGUAAUCGAGACAUCUGCAGUCCUGAUACACUGGCUGUCUACAGGAUAAAGAUGGACAGUCAUUGGUACAAAAACAGUUUUCCAAAGCAAUAUCCAACCUCCAGACCACCGGCGCAGUUUUCUCGUUUACACGGAAUAGUGCAUAAUUCUUCUUAUAUACUGUGGCGCGAAGGACUCGAGGCUACGCCGGAAGUACGUCUUAUAGCGGAAAAAGGCUCUGGUGAAAUUUUGGAACAACGUAAAGGUGUCAGAGAUGUAUUCGCUGCUGGAAGAAUUCUGCAAGGCGUCGGGAUGACUGAAACUAUUUUUUAUUCCGAUGCUAAACACACCAAAGUCUCGGUCAUCUCAAAAAUAGUACCGUCUCCAGACUGGUUUGUGGGUCUGGACAGCAUAGAACUUUGUAUGAAUGGUUACUGGCUGAAUAAUUUGACCAUUGAGGCAGGACCUAUUGAUGCUGGUACCGACGAGGGUUUUACUUUUACAGCACCUAAUUGGGCAAGUGAACCACAAUCGCCCAUUAGUAUGAUAACAUCAAAAAAUCCAUCUCAUCCAGCUAACAGUUUUUAUUAUCCAUAUCUGAAUGAAUUGCCACCAUUGGUGACCUUCCACUUUAUUAAGGAACGUGUAUACAGGGCAAAUAAUAAGCGACUUUGUUUUGGCCCAAAACAUAAAAAAUCUAAGUUUAGCAAAAUUAGUACAGUUGUGGUACCAUUGCCAGAUUCAACAAGUCGUACGCUGCACAAGAGAUUACAUGCUAGACGUAUCUACAAGAAAGCUGCGAGAAGAUCAGUGGAUUGUCUCUUGAGUGAAUGGUCUGAAUGGUCAACCUGCAGUGCCUCCUGUGGUGUAGGCUUUGAAAGCAGGACCAGGAGUAUCCUGACUCUUAACAAAAGAGGCGGUACUCCUUGUCCACAAGAGACACGUCAAACUCGUUGGUGUGGUCAGCAAACAAAUUGCAUCGACAAAUUCUUCAACUGGUGAAGAGCAUAGAGGAUAACAUUUUUUAUUUUGUGACUAGGAUCCUCGCAGGAAAAUUCCAAGUGCCUUAUAUUUUGUACAGUGUCCAUUUAUUACAAUUUCACCAAUGUUCGCAUCUCUGACUGAUAUUGAAUAUCUUGUCCAUAGGGACAUUUGAGUACUUUCUUGUGCUUAAUUAUUAUUAAUUUCGCUAUUGUAACAAUUAGUAUGUAGGCAUCGUUACGCUUUUACAUGAUAGGCUUUGUAUUAUCUUGAAUAAACAAUGGAGCUUCUUGGCUUUGACUUGA